AUGCCUCCGUUCCUAUCCUUAGUCCUGCUGCUGGGUCUCGCUUCGGGUUCGGCACUUGCAUCGCAAGCAGAAGAAGAAGCAGAAAAAGCAGCUCCGCAACCAAAUUUCAUCGUCAUCCUUGUGGAUGACCUGGAUGAGACGCAGGAUAGCAGUGGCGAGCUGGCGAUGCCAGCGACAAAGCGGCUGCUGCGGGACAGGGGCGUCACCUUCACCAACCACUUCGUCACCACGCCCAUCUGCUGCCCCUCCCGGGUGAAUCUCUUACGAGGACAGCUCAGCCACAACACGAACUUCACCGAUGUGCUCGGCCCACACGGUGGCUACGCCAAGUUCCGAGCGCUGGGGCUAGAUCGCGAGUGGCUGCCAACCUGGCUGCAACGCGCCGGCUACAAUACAUUGUAUACAGGGAAGUUCCUUGUGGACUACACCAUCCGCAACUACGACCCGGCUCCCUCCGGCUGGUCCGCGUUCGACGCGCUGGUGCACCCCUUCACCUUCGAGUACUACUCCCCCGCAUUCAGUCUCAACGGGGGAACGCCCAGGAUGUACCCGGGUAUGUAUUACUCCACGGACGUUGUGGGCGCCAAAGCCCUGGCCAUGCUGAGGUCCGCCGCAACCGACCCGGCGGGUCGGCCCUUCUACCUGCAGGUGGCCCCACCCGCCCCCCACCAUUCCAUGCACUACGACUUCAACUCCUCCGGCGCCUUCCUCGCCCGCCACUGGUACCCCCCGAUACCCGCCGCCCGCCACUGGGAGGAGCUCAGCGGUGCCGCACUCCCCCGCCCGCCCAGCUUCAACGACCCGUGGGUCGCCGGCAAGCCCUCCUGGCUGCGGUCGCUGGCCCCCCUCACCUCCGCCAAUGAGACCUUCCUCGAGGAGAUCUACCGACUCAGACUGCGGUGCAUGAGGGCGGUGGACGAGCUGGUGGAGGGCAUUGUCCGCGAGGUGGAGUCCCUGGGUUUGUCCCGCCGUACGUACGUGCUCUUCACCAGUGAUAACGGCUACCACGAGGGGGUCCACCGCAUGGGGAGCGGCAAGACCACACCGUACGAGGAGGACAUCAGAGUGCCCUUGAUCAUGGCGGGUCCCGGACUGAUCCCGGGCUCCAGGGUGGCUGACACCACCGCGCACAUCGACAUAGCGCCCACGGUGCUGGCGCUGGCGGGUCUGCCGCUGCCCCCCGACCUGGACGGAACGCCGCUACCCCUGGCCGCCGCCAGCGACGGCACCACCCUGCCCCCAAGCUACACAUACGGCAGUCCCGACCACGGGCCGCUACGAAACCAAUUGGUUACUGAGUUCUGGGGUGUGUGGCUGGAGGAGUCCAUUCACUCGCACCCGAACUACCCCAACAACACGUGGAAGGCGGUCCGGGUGCUGAGGAGCGAUAGGGAGGAGGCGUACAAGUACGUUCUACACUGCAGCGGCGAGUUCGAGCUGUACGACCUCGUACGGGACCCGUACGAGCGGAUAAAUUUGCUGGCGCCCCUCUCCCGGGCUCGCGUCCGCAGUCGUCUGGAUGCGCUGUUGGCGGUGCUGGCGGUGUGCCGGGGCAGCGCCUGCAGCCGCCCGUUCCAGGUGCUCCAUCCCGACGGUAGCGUUUCGGACCUGUGGGCGGCCAUGGACGAGCAGUACGACGACCUGUACGACGCCAUCCUGCCGUUCUCCUUCGGUCAUUGCCUGCCGUACCAGGACCUGGAUAACGAGCGGUCCACGUUCCGCGGUGCGGUGGUGCCGGACUGCCGGGUACGUGGUGCUGGUGGUGGUGCUGGUGGUGGU